UUGCUCGAUCGGUAUGUGUAAUAAAUUGUGAGCAAGGAAGGCAAGGGAAUGUUUGUCAGCACUAGAGGAUAGGAGAAGAAAGGGGGAGGCACAUGUGAGACGGAGCAGGUCAAAAUACCACCGUGGCGUCAAGUUUGCGUUAAUCACGUCGCGGUACAGUUUCAGACAUAUUAGUCCAGCGAAGGAGUCAUCAUCGGAUCAGCUCCGAGACAAAUUAUGACUACGUGUUGUUGUCACGGACUGCACCAGUGAGGUGAGCUGUGACUCUCCCUGUCUUUGUCUCUCCGAGCACUUGCAUGUACUGUGAGCAGCCCCGGCCUGCUGGAGAGGUGCUGUGCUCAGUGACUGUGCUGCGCUAGGAGAACCCAUGGCGUCUGGCCCUCCAUCUCCCACCGUAGGCCACGGGCUCAGGCUGCUGGAGUUUUUGGUUGGGGUUGUGUUGGUGUUGCUGGUUUCUGGGCUGGAACCAGCAUUUGGUCAGCAGGUAUACACCAACACAUGGGCUGUCCAUAUACCUGGAGGUCAGGAGGAAGCUGAUCAAAUAGCCAAUAAACAUGGUUUCAUCAACCACGGACAUGUAUUUGGUGAUUAUUAUCACUUCCGUCAUCGCACAGUGGCAAAGAGAUCGCUGUCAGAUCACAGGGGGACACAAGUCCGUCUACAAAAAGAUCCUAAGGUGACUUGGGCAGAGCAACAGGUAGCGAAACGAAGGAAAAAGAGAGAUGUCUUUGCAGAACCUUCAGAUCCCAAGUUUAAAGACCAGUGGUACCUGUACAACAGCAACCACCGUGACUUAAAUGCUAAAGCUGCAUGGGAGAUGGGGUACACAGGAAGAGGUGUGGUUGUGUCCAUCUUAGAUGAUGGAAUAGAGAAGGGCCAUCCUGACCUGAUGCAGAACUAUGAUCCGGAUGCCAGCUACGAUGUGAAUGAUGGGGACCCGGAUCCUCAGCCUCGAUACACACAGCUUAAUGACAACAGGCAUGGAACACGAUGUGCAGGAGAAGUGGCAGCAGUGGCUAAUAAUGGGAUCUGUGGAGUUGGUGUGGCUUACAAUGCAAAGAUUGGAGGUGUGCGUAUGCUGGACGGUGAGGUGACCGACAUGGUCGAGGCUCAGUCUCUCAGUCUGAAUCCCCAGCAUAUUGAUAUCUACAGUGCAAGUUGGGGCCCAGAGGAUGAUGGUAAAACCGUCGAUGGACCUGCUAAACUUGCUAAAGAAGCAUUUCUACGUGGAGUCAAAGAGGGUCGUGGUGGUUUGGGAUCCAUCUUUGUGUGGGCUUCUGGGAAUGGAGGAAGGGAGAAGGACAGCUGUAACUGUGACGGCUACACCAACAGCAUCUACACCCUGUCCAUCAGCAGCUCUACACAGAAUGGCAAUGUCCCCUGGUACAGCGAGGCUUGCUCCUCCACCCUCGCCACCACUUACAGCUCGGGGAACCUCAACGAAAAGCAGAUAGUGACUACAGACCUCAAAUCAAAAUGCACAGACUCCCACACCGGCACCUCUGCCUCUGCCCCGCUGGCUGCUGGGAUCAUCGCUCUCGCCCUUGAAGCAAAUAAAAACCUGACCUGGAGGGACAUGCAACAUCUGGUUGUACGAACUUCCCACCCUGCUCACCUACUUGCCAAUGACUGGAGAACUAAUGGAGUUGGACGUAAAGUUAGCCAUUCUUAUGGAUAUGGUCUGCUUGAUGCCAGUGCAAUUGUAUCGCUGGCGAAGACGUGGACCAAUGUGGGACCACAGAGAAAAUGUGUGAUCACCAUGCUCAGUGAGCCAAGGAACAUUGGCAACCACUUAUUUAUUAACAAGAGUGUGGACGCCUGCGUUGGGUCAGACAGUUAUGUGACCGCGUUGGAGCACGUCCAGGCCCGUCUCUCCCUGUCCUACAACAGAAGGGGAAACCUGGCCAUCCACCUCAUUAGUCCUGCCGGCACACGCUCCACCCUGCUUCACCCCAGGCCUCAUGACUACUCAUCAGAGGGUUUUAAUGACUGGGCUUUCAUGACCACCCACUCUUGGGAUGAGAACCCCAACGGGUUGUGGAGGCUAGAGAUUGAGAAUGUGGCUGGUGCCAGUGACUAUGGAACUCUGACCCAGUUCACCCUGGUGAUGUACGGCACUGGCUCGUCCUCUUCCAGCUCCUCUGAGGAGUCGCAGCCGAGUAACGGCAACUGCAAGACCUUGGAUCUGAGGCUCAUAUGCAUCGAGUGCAAUGCUGGCUACUACCUCUUUCAGCAGGGCUGUGUGAAAGAAUGUCCAGCAGGCUAUGCGGUGGGAUCCCAGCCUCUCAACUACACAGUUGGAAACUUCAUACAACCAUCGUCCGUCCCGGCCUGCCUGCCCUGCCCUCCGCCAUGCCUCACCUGCAGCAGCCUCAGCCCUCAGUUCUGUUUGUCCUGCCCGCCUCACAGCUACCUGGACCCUUUCUCUAGCACCUGCCUACACCUCAGCCAUAACAUGCGCGAGUCCCCCUUCACCAGGGUCCAGGGUGAGCAGCGAUUACAGCCCGAGCUCAGCUCUCAGCUGCCCAUUACCAUCGCUGUGCUGAGCUGUAUCGCCAUCAUCGCUACUUUUGCUAGCAUCUUCCUGCUACUGCAGCUGCGCUCAGGUGCGCUGAUCAAGUUGCCCUCUCUGGAGGCCGGUGGCGGCUUGAGAGGCACCUUCAGCCUUGGAGGAAAUAGGAUGGUGUCAUACCGAGGCAUCCCAACAAUGUGGGGAGAUGAAGGGGUAAAUACAGACUCAGAAAACGAAGAGUUUGACGUCCAAAAUGAGAGGACUGCCUUUAUCAAAACACAAAGUGCUCUUUAAUGCCUCCACCACGUCCCUCUUCGUCUCCUGCUUUUAAACCCCCCCCCAAAAAAAAUCUCUUUGAUAAUUCAGGGCUGUGGUCCUCUUCCUGUCCUUUCUGCUUUUAUUCCUCAUCCCUUCUCCCUUUCUUUUCUGUCUUAUCGGAUUCUCAUCUUUGUCCUGUUUUGGGAUCUGGUCUUCCACUCUGCUCCGGGAGACCUGAUGGGAAGCUUCUGUCUCUAAAAGCUGGUGAUGGUCUGAGCUUUGCUCUGUUCACACUUAGGUGCAUUUCUAUUUAAGUGGCUCUCUCCUUCCUCUUGCCCCCUGUCUGUGCAGAGUACAUUUUCCCCUCCAGUUUCAACUCAUUUAGUUACAGUCUACAAGUUAUUAUGAUUUGCUUUUUUUUUUUCACCUUUCCCUCUUUCCAUUAGUCUCAGUGCAGUAGCCAGAUGAGAUUGUUUAGUAUGAGAAGCAGAGAUGCUUGAUUGUGUGUGUAUGCACAUUUCCUAAUGAAUGACUCUGUCUAAAGUGUCUGGAUCUGAUGAGCAGUGAAUAGUGGGAGUGCCCAUUAUAAAGAAGUUAAAUACUAUUAUUUAGUAUUUUAACUAAAAAGUGAUAACAAGAUGAAGUCUGUUAUGAGGUGUGCAAUCCAUUAAGAAACACUUGUGUUCUCCAAAGUGACAUUCAGUGACAGCAGUGUCAAAAAUCUGCUCAGAUAAACACACUGUAGUGAUAUUUUAAUGUGCAUUUAAACAUGCACAAGUCAGAUGUUUAAAGUUAAAAUGGUUGAUAAGGAAUUGUCCACACUUUGACGUGUUACCAGUCAUACAUGAACAAAUACAAUGAGGGGAAAUGCUGUCUCUUCUUUUUCAUUUUGUUGAAACAGUAGUUUUUCCUUUAAUGUAAAAUCCAUCUUUCAUGGAGCUGCUUUUUUUUAAACCAGCAUGGUUACACGUCCCGUCAUACAAAUACUGUGGACAGAUUUCUCUCAGCUCUGAAAGGAAGCUCUGCUAGCUGAGUCUGUCAGCUAGCAGAGCUUCCUUUAGCCAUUUGAGAUUUCACAUGAACUGAACUUUUUCUGGUUGAACACACUUUAAAUUCUCCUACACUCAAAAAAUCCUGACUAGUACAUGGGUAGGUAUCCAGAAAGACCUCAGAAAUGACAAGAAAAAAAAAAAAAACAACAUGCAUGCAGGCACGCACACGCCUGCUACUUGGUCAACCCUGAAGCACAAUCCCUUCCAGAGAUGUUUAAUCUCUGCAUCUGAUGUGCUCGCAUCCCGGGGCCAAGAGGGGAAGCAGCUGAUGUGUGUGUGUGUGUGUGUGCUUGUGACUGUUGUGCUUCUUAAAUCAGCUGUCAGGUGUUGCGUUACCUGUGAUUGAUUUCUUGACAGAACAGACACAGUAACAAUGCAUCAAGGCUUCCUUCUGUCAAAGCGUGUGAGCACUACAAACGAGCCGCGUAUCUUAAUGACUAAAUAUUUGUUUGUGUGUGGGGGUGUGUGUGUUUUGUUUGUUGCACGUGAAAAUGGGAAUGUUUUUGUGCCAUCUGAAGUGAAGGUUUCUUUUUUCUCCUUCAUCUCACAGUCUCUGCUCUCCUCUUCAAAUCUUGAGUGCUGUUUUAGGGAGAAUAAAUUUCUAUAAAAAUCCCAGGCUAAGGCUCCACAGCUCAUCAGUGUCUCUGCUCUUACCCUCCAGUCCUCAUCCAAUAACUACUUCAGAUAAUCUCCUUAGCAUACUUCACAAUUAUAAUCUAAAUGAUACUGCAGCAAAGUAUUUAUUCUGGGAGAUUUUAAUCAUACCUAUAGAGAAUUGAUUGUUUUAAAGUGAUUUUUCUUUUUUUUUUUUUCUUCUUCCUCUUGGGCUGGUUAUCAUUUGAAAUAUGCAUAUGAUUGUUUAAUCCAUUGUAGAAAUUUUGAUUCCACUGAUCUUUUUUUUUUCUUUGUUGAAAGUAUGAUGAUUAUUUUUUAUUUUCAGUACAAAAACAGAAGAGCUUGCUGAGAGAGGUUGUCAUGGUGAUGGCAUGCAUAGAAAACUGCAGCUGCUCAUCCUUUCAUCUACCUCUCAUGUCAUGCAGCAAGCUUUCACGUAGAGUUUUAGGGGCUGUUAAAUUAUUAUAGAGCUCAAAUUAUAUGUAGGUUCAGCCAACAUGAGGUUAGACAUGAAAAUGUCUAACUGCACAUUGGCUUUGUUUUUAAAUAGAAGCAAACCAUUGCAUUUCAGAAACUUAAAGCUUCUUCCCCAAAAAUUACAAUCUCCCCUUAAAUUUACUGCCUUUAAGGAUCAGUGUUCAUAGAGUCAUAAGUGGGCUUUAAAACCUGUUACAAAAAAUUAAAUGGGUUAAAGAAAUGUUGUAGUUUGUUUGGCACCAUUGAAUAGCUUAAUUGACCUAAAAUUGUUAUUGGUUUUUGUUCUCUUUUGUUUUUUUAACUUUUAUGUUUCUGUCACUGACAAUCAGAUUUCUUGUCUUGAGGGCAAGAAGGUGCAGAGGCACGCAAACUAGUCAAUUUUAAUGUCUAAUUUAGCCACUUGUUACAAAGCCUUCACAGGGAUAAUAGAAAUGUGCAUUUGAAUUGCAAAAGAAAAAGAAUAAAUAAAAGAAACAAGCAUUAAAAAGACAACAGCUUGACCAGAAAUGGCAAAGUAUAAAGGAUUUUUUUAAGCCACUACUUUCAAAAAUCCCUUUUCAAAGGGAUAGUGAAAGGUUGGUUUGAAUGCUGUUGAACCUUGCAGUUAGCCAGAAGGUUUAAUUCGCCUCAGAUGGCUGGUGCAGGUGUAGCACAUCUGCUUUAUUGCAGCAGUUUCUGCACCUGAAGCCAAUCUAAGAAUGUAAAUUUGGAGGAAAAUGCUCUCAAAAACAAAGUUAUUGUGUUGAGCGUGUGCCGUUGGGGUCUUUGUGAUGUGCAUUAUUGCCUACUGCCAUUUAAGUUUUGAUUGGCCCAUCUAAAGGAAGGUGCUAAUUUACCUCCGGCCUCAGACUCCAGCCACAAAAUCUUAUUGACUUCCCAGCUUGGUGCAGUGUGUAAACAACAGAUAAUGGGCUAAUUCAGCAACAAAAUUGCUUCCAAUUAAACUGAAUGCUUAGAGUUGGUCUUUUUAUUUUUUUAAGAAAUAUAUUGAAAGACUAAAUCCAACCAAUAUAAUGUACUCUGCAUUUUUCCUUACAACAUGAUUUCUGUUGCUUCCAGAAAGAAUAAUUUCCUCUAAACUGCAGUAAAAUGAGUCCACAGCCAAAGUGGUUUCUUCAUCCCAGCUUGAUGUAUUCACUACAGCUUGAAAUCUUAAACAGAUGAACUCAAAACUCUGCAUUUUAAGGGUUUAACUUUUUUUCCUCUCAAAUUCUUAAUGUUUGCUGAAAUUCAUUAGGAGCUAGCUCUUUCCUUUCACUGCAACAAUGUGAUAGAACUACACACUAAAAACAAAACAAA